AUAUUAUCGAUAACAUUAUAAGCGGCUGUUAACUGCUCAGUGCAGGUUAUGUAAAAUAAAAAGUAGAAUCGUUGAGAUCAAUUAAAAAUCCAAGAAAGCAGCCCAACAUUCUGCUAAUAUCAAGCCAUGGUCUUCCUGAAUCUACCCCUUCUGGUGCGGUCCCGUGGUCCGGAUGAAUUCUGGCGGAAGAGACGCAUCUUCAAGCUUGCAGCGCAUUAUAGGAGCCGCACCCGCAAUGUCUACUCCUUCGCCAUCAGGAGUGUCCAUAGGGCACUGGCCUACGCCACCAAGGGGCGAAAGCUGAAGAAACUGGACAUGGCGCAACUGUGGAGCACACGCGUGGAGGCGGGUUGUCAGCAGUAUGGAGUCGGUCUGGAAACCUUCAAGGAUGGCCUCGCGCGCUCCGAUAUUCUGCUCAACAAAAAAGUCCUUUCAGACCUGGCAAUUUGGGAGCCGCGUUCUUUCGAAGCUCUAGUGAAGAUCUCCCGCGAGCGGGCAGCUGUCGAGGGAAUGCCGGACAUCAAACGGAGAUCGGCAUUUAACCAGGUUUACGGACUGAGCAACCUGAAGUUGGAUUAACUUAGCCUUAAGUAGGUGUUCAAAUAUAGAUAUUUGUAUAUUUUAAACAACUUUUUUUGUAUACACUUUCAAAGAUAGUUAUAUCGUUGGGGAUUUAUUCAAUAUAUUGAAAUAGAUUAAAUUGCUAAUUUUUCAAAUCAAAAAUGGUUGCCUAUUUACACUGAGAGUUACAUAAUUCGUAAUUUCUGCUUGCAAAAAGAAACUUAAUAAAUCAUCAAAAUUAA